CAUAUAUGAACGCAAGUUUAUAUCUAUUCGGCUUGGCUAUUACAUAUCUGACUUAUAUAUUUGGGAUAAUUGUUUUUCCAUCACAGAUUUCUCUACAUGGAAACGUCAUUCUACUACUGCUUCUUGCUCUUCUUUUUCCUCUUUUUCCUCUCUAAACGUCUUCUUGGAAUCAACAAGAACCUCCCACCAAGUCCUGGUGUAUCCUUACCGAUUAUCGGUCAUCUCCACCUUUUGAAGAAGCCCCUGCAUAGAACCUUUGCUGAUCUUUCUAAAAAGUAUGGUCCAAUCCUAUACCUUAAAUUUGGCUCUCGUCCUGCUGUUCUCGUGUCAUCCCCUGCUGCUGUAGAGGAAUGUUUCACCAAGAAUGACAUAAUUCUCGCCAAUCGUCCUAAGCUUCUUGCUGGAAAACACCUCGGUUAUGACUACACUACCCUUGUCUGGGCCUCCUACGGUAACCACUGGCGCAACUUAAGACGCAUAGCUUCUAUUGAACUCUUGUCGUCCAAUCGCAUACAAACGUUUUCUAAUGUCCGAGUGGAAGAGGUCAGAUCUUUAGCUCGUAGGCUUUUUAGAGGCUCGAUGGAUGGUGAAUUCAUGACUGUUGAUAUGAAGUCGAUGCUUUUCGAGCUUACGCUUAACGUCCUCAUGAGGAUGAUUGCUGGAAAGCGAUAUUAUGGGGAGAAUACAGCAGAAUUGGAUGAUGCAAAAAAGUUCAAAGAAAUUGUAACAGAGACUUUUCAAUUGAGCGGAGCUUCAAAUAUAGGAGAUUUUGUGCCAGCUUUGAAGUGGGUUGGAUUAACUAAUAUCGAGAAGAGGCUAGAAAUAUUGCAAAGAAAGAGAGAUAGAUUUAUGCAAGAAUUGGUUGAAGAGCACAAGAGAGCAAAUUCGGAUGAUUCUGCUUCAGGAAAGAGGUGCAAGACUAUGAUUGAUGUUCUGCUAGAUCUGCAAAAAGAUGAACCUGAAUACUAUACAGAUGAAAUCAUCAGAGGCAUGAUGCUGGUUAUGUUAACAGCUGGGAGCGACACUUCUGCAGGUACGUUGGAGUGGGCACUCACACUUUUACUAAACAAUCCAGAAGCCCUUUUAAAAGCAAGAGAAGAAAUUGACACAAACGUAGGACAAAGCAAGCUGAUUGAAGAAUCAGACAUAGCCAAUCUUCCAUAUCUUCAGGGCAUCAUUAAUGAGACCUUCAGAAUGCAGCCUGCUGCCCCAUUGCUACCUGCCCACGAGUCAUCAGAAGAGUGCAUUCUAGGAGGAUUCAAAAUCCCACGUGGCACUAUGUUACUGGUAAACAUGUUUGCCAUACAAAAUGAUCCCAAGUUAUGGGAAGAGCCAACAAAGUUUAAGCCAGAGAGGUUCCUUAGCACAGAGGGCAAAGGAGAGGGAUUAGGAUACAUGUUGUUGCCAUUUGGGGCAGGGAGAAGAAGGUGUCCCGGAGAAGGGUUGGCCAUAAGGAAUAUUGGGUUGGGAUUGGGGACUCUCAUUCAGUGCUUUGAGUGGGAAAGAAUUGGUGAAGAAAUGGUUGAUAUGGUUGAAGGGAGUGGACUUUCAAUGCCAAAGGCUCAUCCUUUGGUUGCUAAAUGUAGACCACGCCCGACAAUGGUCCACCUCCUUUCUAACGCCUAACAACACUUGUAUCUGGAUUUGGUUGCUUUUCUUUAUUUUUAUUCUCUAAAUGCCUCUCAUUCUUGACUCUUCUGCCAUUAGAACGUUCAAGUUAUAAUUAAAUAAAUCAAACUUGUCGUGCACAAAAAUGUUUGAAAUAUCUUGAAUAUAUGAUAAUUCUCUUUAA